GACAGCUGAUUACAAGGUAUUAAGGGCAACUUCGGAGGGCAUCAUCUAAAUGAUAAUAUACUAAUUAAUGUAGGGAAAACCAAUAAAGUUUCUUCCAUAGAGCAGCAGCUGAGAAGAGGAGUGCUGUGAUCGAUCUCAGAAGAUCUGUUCAACCUGACAUCUAUUUCUACAUCUUAAUGGCCGAGAAUAUAAACCAUAAUGACUGGCUAUUAUCCAUACAGAACCCGGAGUUAGAAAAUGGUAAAUCUAAGACAAAGUUUCCAAAGGUUCCGGAAAAAUUGAAACGGGUGGAAGGUAACAGCAUAUUCUACGAUCCCCAGGUGGUCUCCAUCGGCCCUUAUCACCAUGGAAAUGCUAGGUUGGAGGAAAUGGAGAAGCUGAAGAGAAAAAUAGCAAAGAUGUUAGUUUCAGAGAGAAGAAUGUUGGAAGGUCAGACGCAGACAUCAACACAGGUUUCAACAGGUGAUAUAGAUAAUUUAUACCAGAAUGUCAAAAUGAAAGCAACGGGUGUAAAGAAGAGCUACGACGAGAGUCUUUUGCCGGAGAAGUUUACGGAUGACGAAGAAUUCAAUCAUGCCAUUUUCUUGGAUGGCUGUUUCGUGGUCUAUUUCAUUCAUUGUGUGACUCAUAAUAAGCUCAAGAACUGGGAGGUGAAAAACGAAGAUUUGCUUUCCAUAGGGACUGACUUGUUUCUAUUGGAGAACCAACUUCCUUAUUUUUUCCUCGAUGAACUGAUGAAGGAAGCAUUCCCCAAAGAUGCACAAGAUGGAAUUUUUGACAAGUUCAUUGACAAACUCAUCUGUUUCGGCUCUAGUGGCCGUCAAAAGCACCAGAAGAAUGACAAGUUCAUUGAGCAUCUCCUUGAUCUUUUUCGGAAAAAACUUGUUGUCGAUGAAGGUGACAAAUAUCAAUCCAGAUUUGAUUUUAAAUACUUGCUCGUAUAUUUCUGGGACUGCUUUCCGGCAGCCCAUAACACAGAUGAGGAGCAUAUUCUUUGGCAUUCAAUCCGUUCCGCAGACGAGCUUAAAGAGGUAGGAAUAAAUUUCAAGAAGAGCAAAUCGUUUAAUUUGAACAGUAUCCGUUUCCAGCGGGGCCUUAUCUUUGGAGAUUUGACACUUCCUCCGAUUGUCAUUGAUCACUCAACCAGGCCUUUGUUUCUGAAUUUGUUAGCCUAUGAAAUAACUUCUCUGCAGGGUGAUUCAAAGGUAGCUUCUUUUAUCUGUUUCUUAGACUCACUCAUUGAUCAGGCUAGUGAUGUGAGAGUACUGAGAUCAGACGGUGUACUCCUCAAUUCUCUCAGUAAGGAUGAAGAAGCGGCUGAACUGAUCAACCAUUUAGCCAUGGAGGUGGUGGAUUCUAACGACUUUUCACAUGUUACCAAGGAUCUUAAAAUGUAUAUUCAACACUAUUGGAGGGUUCGGUUUGCUGAAAUUUACCGCAAACAUUUCAGUACCCCUUGGACCAUGAUUGCAUUCUUUGGUGCAAUAUUUAUUACCAUUCUCACCAUCAUCCAGACCUACUUCGCAAUCUUCCCCAGGAAUUAGACAACUGCUGCAAGAAAUUAAUAAAGCUGCUAAUGGAUCGACUCCAUCUCCCAAGCUUCAUCUUUUCUCUUGGGUUUGAAUAAUAUAAUUAAUGUAGCCCCUUCUCCAUAGCCAUGGCUUUCCCACUUUCAUUUGGUUUCUCUACUACCUACUUUCACUAUUGUUUUUAAUGAAUCAUCAUUUAAUAUGCUUGGUUUGAACCUUUAAACUCCAUUGCUACUUUGUAUAGGUAUAGCCAAAUAUAUAAUGGACUCAA